GUUUGUAGGUUACUGAAAGAUUUCACCAACCACAGAUAAGAAGAUUAGGGAGGAAUUAAUGGUAUUCCUUUGUCAUUAUAGGAAUAAAUUGAUAUUUGGUUUUAAAUCAGGGGUUGGGGGAGUCGGAGGAACAUGUUGUGUCAGGAGACGUAAGCAGAGGGAUGGCACAGUGACAAGCAAACUUAGCCAGGGGGAUGCCGGUGCACUGGAGCUAAGCGCUGGAUAUCUCGACCGAUGUAUCAUGUUACAGGAGAUGAGAGCGCGGGAUAAUGCAGAAGUAGCUGGGUGUGUGUGUGGCGGGGCGGAAUGAGUGCUGCUGGGACAUGGACGUACAAGUAGGGGACGGGGGCAGCUGUGGCAUUCCCUGGGUCAGACGCUGACGCAGUGGGAGGAACGUGCGGGUUCCUCUCGUCUUUCCAGCCCCAGCUUAACCAUGAGAGUGGCCCUCCUGGGCCUCAGACUGAUGUGCUUGGCCUGGUUGUGGCCCAUCACCCAGCUCCACGGCAGCCACUUCCCGAACAAGAGGAGACACAAGGAUGUGUACGUCGGAGAGAACACCAAACAGAAGCAUGGAGGGCGGGUGGAUCCUAAGAUGAAAAAGCUGGACAGCACCAAGUCUCUGCUUAUUAAAUCUGAGCAGCUGCUUCGGAUUGAAGACCAUGACUUUGCAAUGCGGCCGGGCUUCGGAGGUUCAGCUAUACCUGUCGGCAUCGACGUCCAGGUAGAGAGCAUUGACAGCAUAUCGGAAGUAAACAUGGACUUUACUAUGACUUUGUACUUGAGGCAUUAUUGGCAGGACGAUCGGCUGGCCUUUCCUUCCAGCAGCAACAAGAGUCGUACCUUCGAUGCACGUCUUGUGAAGAAAAUUUGGGUUCCUGACGUUUUCUUUGUUCACUCUAAACGCUCGUUCAUCCACGAUACAACCAUGGAGAAUAUCAUGCUGAGGGUUUUUCCUGACGGCAACAUCCUCUACAGUGUCAGGAUCACUGUGACGGCACUUUGCUCGAUGGACUUCAGUAGUUUCCCCCUGGACACACAGAAUUGCUCUCUGGAGCUGGAGAGCUAUGCUUACAAUGAGAACGACCUCAUGCUCUACUGGAAGAACGGGAACGAUUCAUUAAGGACUGAAGAGAUCGUGCUCUCUCAGUUUUUUGUUGAAGACUUCCAGCCUUCCUUUGGGCUUGCCUUCUACAGCAGUACUGGUUGGUACAAUCGGCUCUACAUAAACUUCAUUCUCAGGAGGCAUAUCUUCUUCUUCAUGCUUCAGACGUACUUCCCCACCAUGCUGAUGGUGAUGCUGUCCUGGGUGUCCUUCUGGAUAGACAGGAGGGCGGUACCUGCUCGUGUCUCUCUUGGCAUCACCACAGUUCUGACCAUGUCCACCAUCAUCACUGGUGUCUCAGCCUCUAUGCCACAGGUGUCUUACGUCAAAGCCGUGGACAUCUACUUGUGGGCAAGCUUCCUGUUCGUCUUCCUGUCCGUCAUCGAGUACGCUGCCGUCAACUAUUUCACAACAGUCGAGGAGAUGAAGAAGCUCAGACGGGCAAAGAUGCCCUCAUCUUUCAACGCCACACAGGCUAUGGCGUUUGACGGCUGUUUCCAUGACAACGACAUUGACCUGACUCCUUUCUCGGAGGUGUCCAGCACACCGAACACGGAGAGGAACACCCAGGCACGAAACUCCGCCGUCUCUGCGCCAACGGAGGGCACCAGGCUACGCCGCAAGCACCCUUUACUACAAAAUCUCAGCUUCAUAAUGAGCAACAGCUACAUGAUCGACUCUUACUCCAGAGUCAUAUUUCCCCUGGCUUACCUGCUCUUCAACAUCAUUUACUGGAGUCUAUAUGCAUAGAGCAUUAACUAUGCAGAAUAAACACUUUCACUUUUUUUCAGCAUUAUACAGUAAAAACACCAACAGGCUGCAAUAAACAAUAUAUAUAUAUAUACAAUAACUUGUUCUGCUGUGGGAUACGACCUCUUGCAUGAUGUCUUCAGUUGUAGCUUGGGGAUACUCCGAGGUCGGCUGUUGCUUUAUUUUUGCUGAUUUAUUUAUUUAUUUAUUUAUUUAUGUGUUUUUAGCAUGCCUGUUUUAUAUGAGAUAAAGUUUUAAUCAUACAAAUAUAUUUACAUUUUUAGGGAUUUAUUUUAUUGUGGGAUUAGACACAAAAUAUCAAACUGUAUAUUUACAGUACAACUUCUUGAAUAAUAAAC